ACAUGCAAGUAAUGAAGCCGUCCGACGUCUCGGGGAGGCAGCUUAUCACGACGAUGGGCGACGGCGGACGUUUGCCGCCGACAGCGCACUCAUCGAAGAUCGACCAGUCCGCCCUCUACGGAAGAGCGCGCGCAAGUCCGACGGCUGCUUCAUGAACUUCCGAUGAGUCCACCAGCGAUCUUUGCGCUGUUCGAAAGCUGUCCGCACGAGAGCCGGCGCGAACAGCACACGAACAAUGCCACUCUGCGCCGAGUGUCAAACGGCCGGGAGUUGAAGUGGUGAUGUGAGCACUACUCUUUACCACUCAACACGAGUUCUGUUGACUGCUGAGCAGCACGACAAUGUCGUAAUGUGGAGCAGCACGUACGGCGAUGUAAAACCGGCCGAGCCAUGGCCACCACAGAGCCUGCGAGACGACAACAAUUCUGCUUCGCCGUGUAGCUAAUGGACAGCGCCUUCGACUUCGAUUUUCGGAGCGUUGGGUCAUGGAUCUACAAAUCGAGGCGCCAUAAUCACGCCGUAUCAAGUGCUCACUUUACCAGUUGCAGUCUGUCCUUCUGGUGCAAAACAGCAGCCUUGAAUUGCUGUUCAUUACCAUACAUCAGUGAUGGCAGACAAAUCCGUCGACGCACCCGAGGACCUGCUGUUCCACCGCUGUCCCGAGCCCAGUUGUCACCGUCAGUUCAGCCGCAAGUACUCGCUCAACGAGCACAUGAAGACGCACACGGGUGAGCGGCCGCACGUCUGCCCCGUACGCUCCUGCGCCAAGCGGUUCACAACGUCCGGUAACCUGGCUCGCCACAAGCGCCUGCACGGCUACAUCGAACCCAUUCGAUGUCCCGUAGAGGGCUGUAUCUGCGCCUUCCCGAGCGACGCAAAGCUUGAGAAGCACAUGAAAUUCCACUACGGUGGACCCGUGCACCUUUGCGAGGUGCCCGGCUGUGGCAAGACCUUCACCACCACAGGCAACCUCAACCGCCACACGAAGAACCAGCACCCCGAUGUCUUCGCACUGCAUACGCCAACCGCUAAAACAGCAACGCUCGACACUCGGAGCCCCACGACGGCCGAUGGGUGGCGUCCGGAAUCGCAGCUUGCGGCUCCGCAGUGCCGUCUGAAGCGAGCGUGGUCCACCGGAACGAAUCCGCUGCCAGCGGAAUCGUUUAACCGGAAUGGCCCCGAGCACCUCGAGGCGCUGGAUGAAACACUAGACAAUCUCUCUGCUCUUCUAAUCGAAACGGGCCUCGACGGCACCACCAGCGACAGGGAGAGUAAUCUCGUGGACGACAUUAUCCGCUUCCACGUCCAGGAGCUCGGUUACUCAUAGAUUUACAUGUUACUAGAAGCCAAGUAGAAAAUUACCUACGUAAUUCACUAAAAUGAAUGAUUGUCGACAUCAACGUGCACAGCCCG